AUGGCCUCUCCGACGGAUGUCAAGCUCCCCCAGCGGUCGGGCACCGUGAGCAGUGGCUUCACUCGCCGUACCUCCAUGAGCGAUGACGAGGCUAUUCCUCAGACCGAUAGCAGUGAGACUACCAAUCUGCUAAUCGAGCGUCUGCGUGCUUGGAAGCACAUGUGCGGCAACCUCGAGGACUAUGUCAACGCUUGUGCUAAGGUGGCCAAGUCUCAGUCCAAGGACCAUGAGAAGAUCCUCAAGACCGUUAGCGAACCUCUGAAGGAGAGCCACCACUUCAGCUCCAGCGAGGGUGGUGUCACUGGUCUCUUCGAGAACAUGCGCAAUAAUUCCCAGGGCAUGGUGAACAUGUAUCUUGACACCGAAAAGAACCUGAAGGGCAGUGUGAUUCCCCUUCUGGAACGUCUCCACAAGGAGAUCAAGAACAAGUCCAAGGAGCUCAAGACGGGCGCUGCCAAGGGCGCCAAGGCCGUGGAGAAGGCCCGACAAACGACCCAGAAGCACAUUGAGCUCCUGGGCCAAAACUCCGCCUCGUGGGAUGCCGCUGGACACAACAAGAUCGAACAGCAUCACGAUCCCUACAUCAUUAAGCGAGGCAUCAACCACCGCCUUAACAAGCAGGUGACCGAAGAGAACAACCACCGCAAUGACAUCCUGGCCGUGCAGGAGUCAUUCCAGCAGUUCGAAGCUCACGUCCUCCAGACUGCCCAGACUGCCCUAGACCAGUUCUUCCAGUUCAUGGGCGGCCAGCUCGACCGCCAGCGCACCAUGUACGCCGACGUCUUGGGAACCGCUCAGCGUAUUCCCCCGGACUUCGAGUGGGUCAACUUCUGUGUCCGCAACGACGCUAACCUAGUCAACCCCGACUCGCCGCCGCGCUCGUUCUCAAGCAUCACGUUCCCUAACAUGGAUCACAAGUCCACUCAGCCCCUGAUCGAGGGCUCCCUGGAGCGCCGCUCUCGCGCCAUGAUCAAAGGCUACAGCACCGGCUACUACGUCGUCACCCCAGCCAAAUACCUCCACGAGUUCAAGAGCAACGACGAUUUCCAGAAGGACCCCACACCGGAGUUGUCAUUGUACCUGCCCGACUGCAUCGUCGGUGCCAUCGACGGCGUCAAGUUCAACGUCAAGGGCAAGGAUGUCUCCAGCGGCAAGGUCGGCAACGCCUUCCACACCAACACCGAGCUUAGCUUCAAGGCUCACACCCCCAACGACGCUGAGCAGUGGUGGUCCGUCAUCAAGGACGCCACUCGCCAGUCUAACCCGACCGUGUCCACCAACGUGGCCGGCGGAUCAGCUGUCGCUUCGCCUAUGACCUCCGCCGCUCCCUCGCGCAACGUUUCCGCCAACCACCCUCCUCCCACCUAUGCCGAGAAUGGCGAGGAGAAGGCCGAGAAGGCCGCCUCCCCAACCGCACCCGCAGCCGCAACAGCUACCUCCCCAACAGCAACCGCAGCCGCACCAGCUACCUCCCCUAGUGCUGAGGUCAAGGAUCCAGUCAAGGAAGCUGCUCCCUCUCCCGGUAUCACCCGUACCAGCACCACCUCAAGCCACUUCCACACAUCCCCUGGCGGAUCCGCUGUUGGUGAGAAGUCAUAA